AUGGCAGAUACAGGAGAUGGACCACAUUUAGGGGAACAUCUGACAGAUGCAAAAUCUAUUCCUGGUUCCAAAGGGAAGAACCUACCUCCUAGCAAGUCUAUGGACUCUGGAAUUCUGCCAGAUGACAGUUACAGAAUGGAUUAUCCAGAGAUGGGGCAAUGUGUAAUAAUAAACAAUAAGAAUUUCCACCGAGACACUGGGAUGUCAGCCCGUUCGGGUACAGAUGCAGAUGCUGCAAAUGUCAGAGAAGUUUUUAUGAAGUUGGGAUAUAAAAUAAAAAUCAACAAUGAUCUUUCAUGCAGGGACAUAUUUAAACUAUUGAAAAAUGUUUCUGAAGAAGAUCACAGCAAGCGAAGCAGUUUUGUUUGUGUGUUGCUUAGCCAUGGUGAAGAAGGAUUGAUCUAUGGCACAGAUGGUCCUCUUGAACUGAAAACACUAACAAGCCUUUUCAGAGGUGACAGGUGCAGAACUUUAGCAGGAAAACCCAAGCUUUUUUUCAUUCAGGCUUGUAGAGGGACAGAGUUAGAUUCUGGUAUUGAGGCAGACAGUGGAUCAGAAGAAACAAUGUGUCAAAAAAUACCUGUAGAAGCAGACUUCUUGUAUGCAUAUUCUACAGCUCCAGGCUAUUACUCUUGGAGGAAUUCAGCUGAGGGCUCCUGGUUUAUUCAGUCACUGUGUAAAGUCCUGAAGGAACAUGCAAGGAAGCUUGAACUCAUGCAGAUUUUAACUCGUGUAAAUCGCAGAGUAGCAGAGUAUGAGUCCUGCUCAACCAGACAGGAUUUUAAUGCAAAGAAACAGAUUCCCUGCAUUGUCUCUAUGCUCACCAAAGAAUUUUACUUCCCUUGCUGAAAGAAUUUCACCUUGUAAUCUUUCAUGUCAUGUUUUUGUUUGUAAUUUAUAUGCAAUGUUUAGUAUGGAAUACCACUUUUAAAUCUGAAUUGCUGUUGACUACUGUGUGUGGCAUAAUGAACUGUCUCAGAAUUAGAGAUGUCCGUUA